AUGCCCUCUCUCGAAGAACCCAAGCAGAAUGAGGCACGCCUCCUGCUCGUUUCAAACCGUCUUCCGAUCACAAUCAAGCGCUCUGAGGAUGGCAAAUACGACUUCUCCAUGUCCUCAGGAGGCUUGGUGAGUGGGCUGAGUGGGCUGUCCAAAUCGACCACCUUCCAGUGGUACGGCUGGCCGGGACUGGAGGUGCCCGAGGCGGAGAUACCGGUCGUCAAGAAGCGUCUGAAGGAGGAGUAUGGUGCAGUCCCAGUCUUCAUUGAUGACGACCUGGCGGAUCGGCACUACAACGGAUUUUCGAACUCAAUCCUCUGGCCAUUGUUCCACUACCACCCUGGUGAAAUUACAUUCGACGAGUCGGCCUGGGAAGCCUACAAGGAGGCAAACCGACUCUUUGCCAAGGCAAUCGCGAAAGAGGUACAGGAUGGCGAUCUGAUUUGGGUGCACGACUACCACCUAAUGCUGCUCCCGGAGAUGCUUCGCGAGGAGAUCGGCAGCAGCAAACAGAACGUCAAGAUCGGGUUCUUUCUGCACACUCCCUUCCCCAGCAGCGAGAUAUAUCGUAUUUUGCCGGUUCGCAAUGAGCUUCUCUUGGGCGUGUUGCAUUGUGACCUGAUUGGUUUCCACACUUAUGAUUAUACCCGCCAUUUCCUGAGCAGUUGCUCACGACUGCUGGGACUUACAACAACACCGAACGGUAUCGAAUUUCAGGGCAAGAUAAUCACUUGCGGCGCCUUCCCGAUCGGCAUUGACCCCGAGAAAUUCAAAGAGGGUCUGAAGAAGGAAAAGGUGCAAAAGCGUAUCGCGAUGCUGGAGCAGAAGUUCCAAGGAGUCAAGCUCAUGGUUGGAGUUGAUCGGCUGGACUACAUCAAAGGCGUGCCGCAAAAGCUUCAUGCCCUGGAAGUCUUCCUCAGCGACCAUCCAGAGUGGGUAGGUAAGGUCGUGCUGGUACAAGUCGCAGUGCCUAGUCGACAGGACGUCGAGGAGUAUCAAAACUUGCGAGCAGUGGUGAACGAGCUGGUGGGCCGUAUUAACGGCAAGUUCGGCACUGUCGAGUUCAUGCCGAUUCAUUUCCUCCACAAGUCUGUCAAUUUUGACGAGCUUAUUGCCCUCUAUGCUGUAUCGGAUGCUUGCAUUGUGUCCUCUACCAGAGAUGGCAUGAACCUGGUUGCCUAUGAGUACAUUGCAACACAGCAGAAGCGUCAUGGUGUUCUGGUACUCUCUGAGUUCGCUGGAGCUGCCCAGAGUCUGAAUGGCAGCAUUAUUGUUAACCCCUGGAAUACCGAGGAGCUGGCUGGCGCAUAUCAAGAGGCUGUUACCAUGAGUGAUGAACAACGUGCUCUCAACUUCGCCAAAUUGGACAAAUACGUGUCUAAGUACACCAGUGCAUUCUGGGGCCAAUCGUUUGUUACCGAGCUUACCCGUAUAUCAGCUCAUUCAGCGGAUAAGUUUCAAGCGAAGAAAAUGGCCGUGGCGGCGUCCAACUCCACCGACGGCACCGUCCCAGCUCCCGAGCAUGCCGCAUGA